AUGUCACUCUCUGAGAAACCCUUCUCGUCUCAUGUCGACGUUCAAGUCGCAAAACUACCUACAACACCCCCAGACUAUGAACAUCUUGGUAUUCACCGAGACGGAAGCUGUCAACCUUGGGGAGCAGCUCAAGCUUUGGCUUCUACACUAAAGGGGAAAAUGUCUAGGAAACCUGAAGUUCAGAUUUCCAUCAACAAUCACUUCAACUCAAAGGUGUACACCACCAACUCCGAGAUAUCUGGUGUUGUGUCUAUUACUCCUUCGAGAAACACUCGAUUCAAUCAUGUUGACAUCUCCCUCGAUGGAAUGACCGAAACAAGGAGGGAUGGUCCUGAUAUGACACACAUGACGAGCCACCGAUUCCUUCGCCUCGAGAUGCCCAUCAACGAAUCCGAAUACCCUUCAUCGAAUAUUCUCUCCGCUGGAACAACAUAUACUUUCCCUUUCAUCUUCAAUGUCCCAGCUCAUCUCACAUCCAAAGCCUGCACUCACUCUACCGUCUCCGAAGAUGUAUGGGAACGCCACAUGUCUCUUCCUCCUACAUUGGGAGGUUGGGAGAAAGAUGAUAUGGCUCCCAAUAUGGCACGAGUUAGCUACAGCGUCAAAGCAUUUGUUUUGACACGAACCAAGACUGGAUUUGUCGCCAUCCUAGGAAACUCCCACCGCAUCAACGUUAUGCCUACAUCUUUCGAAGAACCACCCCUGAACAUAACCGAACGAGACGAUCUGUAUAAAAUCGAAAAGUCGAAGAAAGUGCGAAAGAAUAUCUUUUCUGCUUCACAUGGUAGAAUAUCUGCUGUAGCGGCUCAACCCGCUGCUGUGCAUCUCAGCAAAAAGGGCUACGAGGCGAGCGGAUCUAGUAUUCCUAUAAGUUUCACGUUUGAGCCUUCGUCUGCAGACGUGAUUCCUCCUCAGAUUACAUCGGCGGCCAUGAAGGUUUAUUCGCAUACUUGGUUCCGCGACCAACCGAUGCGAAACCUACCUACUAUGGGAUCACAGGUUGCCAACUUUGGAUAUCCCUAUUCUGUUUGUCUACCAAAGACUGAGACCAAGAUCGAAUGGACUCAGAACUUGGACAUGCAGUCUACAAAGGCAUCACCUAUUUUUUACACGGCCACAGUACAAAUUCCAUUUGAGUUACCUACGGUCGACAAGAUGUUUGUGCCGACAUUCCACUCGUGUAUUGUCUCGAGAGCAUAUACUGUCAAGGUUGUUCUCGAGGGGGAUGUCAAGAUUGACUUGAUAGUUCCUGUGCAGGUUGUCAUGGGGUCGCCUGAUGUUUAA